AACUGUGCAGGCUCUUUGGGGGAUGAUGAAGGUGUUUUGGAAUUAGACGGUGAUGGUUUCAUACGUUUGUAAAUAUACUGAAAGUCACUGGAAUGUACCCUUUAAAAGGGUGAGUUUCAUGGCAUGUGCAUUAUAUCUCACUAAAGCUGCUGUUUUAAAAAAUAAAACCCAUUUGUAUUUUCCUUUCUGCAAACUGACUUCAUUUCCCUUGUUUUCCCAUUGUUCUUUUUCUUAUAGGAAGCUGAGUUAGUUUUUUGUUUUUGUUAUGUUACAUGUAUAUAUUCCCAAUUGGCCAUUUGCUCUUUUCACCUUGAGUCCUUGAUUUUGCUCUUCAGCCAUGUAGAAAAUUUUAAUUUUUAUAUAUGGCUGGUCAGACCCUUUUUUAUUUUUUAUUUUAUUUUUUUAAAGAAGAUUUGAGGUGGUUUUUCAUACUUGGAAAGGUUUUUCUUCAGUAUUUUAUAUUUAUUAAUCCCCAUGUUUCUUCUGGCUCUUUUAUGUUUACUUUUGAAAUAUAUUUAAAUCUUUGAUUCUAAAUCUUCAGAAUUUGUUUUGGCCUAAGUUGUGAGGAUGGGAUAAUAGCUUUUUUCCUCAGAUAACACCCAGUUUCCCCCACACUUUUUUUUUUUAAAUAAUACAUUUUGGCCCAUUGAUUUGAAAUUCCACUUUUAUUGUUUCCUAAAUUCUUUUAUGUUUUGAGGUCUAAAUUCUAGGCUUUUUAUUCUCCACCCUAGUCAUCUUCAUAUGUUACUAUCACAACUGUUUUAAUUACUUUAAAUGUAAAGGCUAAUAAAACUCUAUUUAAAAGGUUUGCCUGAUCAUUCUUUAUUUUUUUUCCCUUAAGUGAACUUCAGAGGUGGCGAUUUUAAGGUUUUUAAAAUCCUGUUGACAUUUUGUGGUUAUUGCAUUAACUUACAUUCAUGAAAUGGAUGAUUUCACGCCUUCGCCGUUUCUCUUUCCCUCUUGUCUUGUUUCCUGCUCAUGCCUUCAGAUCGUGUUAAAUAGUAGUGGUCAUGUGGAAGUUCUCAGCUGGCUGCCCUGAGAUUAGUGCACAUACAUGCUUUAGGCGUGAGGUAGCAAUGUUCAUAAGUGAGGUUGGGCUGUGUGGUUCUUUUGCUUGUUUUUUUAUUACCAUUUUGGUUUUAUUGUCUUGGAAAUAAUUUUAAAAUGUAUUUUUUAAACCUGCUGUAGAACAAUUUAAAUGUCAUUGGUGUUGCUCGUCCUUAAAGGGUUUGGUGGUAGAAUACACCUCUGAAACUGAGUGGGACUCUUGCUUUUGGGGAGGUAGUUCUUGGUGAUUUAUUCUACAUCUCAUGCAAUCAGUCUGUUUUCUCUUUGGGGAUCACUAUGUUUUCCUUAAAAAUUACCCAUUUUAUCAAAGUUUUCACAUUUAUAUGCAUGGACGAGCCAUAGUAAUCGUAUGUUUCUCUUUUAACUUUCUCUAUAUCGUAUUUUGCAUUCUUUAUAUUGAUUUCUUUGUUCUUUCUUACAGGAACAGGAAAUAUAGUGUUCAUCAUGGUUAGCUACUCAAAAGGAAAAGAAAUUUUGGAUCUGGUGCAAAAAGAAAUUCAAGUCAAAAUGACCAUAGGGGUUGGCAAGCGCCAUGUGCAGGAGCUCAUCAGCGGCCAGUCCGUGGUGUUUGUGGCUAUUGCCUUCAUCACCAUGAUGAUUAUCUCGUUAGCGUGGCUAAUAUUUUACUAUAUACAGCGUUUCCUGUACACUGGCUCACAGUUUGGAAGCCAGAGCCAUAGAAAAGAAACCAAGAAAGUUAUUGGCCAGCUUCCACUUCACACUGUAAAGCAUGGAGAAAAGGGGAUCGAUGUCGAUGCUGAGAAUUGUGCCGUGUGUAUUGAAAAUUUUAAAGUGAAGGAUGUUGUCAGAACCCUGCCAUGCAAGCAUAUUUUUCAUAGACUGUGCAUUGACCCAUGGCUUGUGGAUCACCGCACGUGUCCCAUGUGUAAGCUUGAUGUCAUCAAAGCCCUGGGAUACUGGGGAGAGCUUGAGGCUGCCCAGGAGACGCCCGCCGCGGAGUCGGCCCCUGGAAGUGUUGUGGCCGCGCCUGUGAGCAUCGCCCUGCAGGACGAAGACAGAGGCGCGGGGACCAGGCCUGGGGCGAGCUCCGCCUCCGAGCCCGCGCCCCAGCCCCGAGGGCCCCUUAAGGAGGACGCCGGGGAGCACACGGCCCUGCUGGAGACCAGCAGGAGCGACCUUCCUGGAGGACCGGCUUCCUUGCACAGCGGCCACUGACAGCGGCGUGGACAGGACUUCAAAUUAAAGGACAUUUUAUUUUUUUUACUUUAGCACAUAGUUUGUAUAUUUGAAAAUAAUGUACAUUCUUUUACCUCUCAUGUUCUGAUUUGAUAUACAAAGGGCUAAGAUAUUUUAUUCUUAAAGAGACUUUUUGAUUAGUGUUCAUAUAUUUAUCUACUAAAGUAUAUCAUUUGCAAUAAGCAGCAUGUUGUUUCAGACUGUUUACAGCGCAGGCGACUGGGAGGGCCCGCUGGUGGGCGGACGGGUAGUGUCUCUAAAUGCUAGACUGGCUACUGUGGUUCAGCAUACACGAGAUGAAUUCCGUCUCAAGGGUGGCUUUAGACUAAGCACACUGAAUUUAGACCAGUUGAGCUGGAAUUGUAUAAUUAAAUCCCAUAAACCAAUCACAUCAGUUUUCGUGGAAGAAAGACUAUUUUAAAACAUUAAACUUGUAAAUGAGAUGAGAGACAUCUACACCUUGGUAUUAUAUAGAUUUCAGAAUCUGAGAACCUUGUCAUUGUCAUAUUACCUAAUUUUUGUGAUGCUUCAGUGGGAAGUUCAUUUUCUUCAACAAAUAAAAAUGCUGAGAGUGUACUUCACACGAGCAUUAGGUUCUUGUAGCCUUGUCAGGAAGCGGAGUAGACAGAGGCUGGUUCUCUUUGUAAAUGAUGACUACGAUGUGUUGGUUCCAACUGCAAUUUAAUAUUUACGGCUGUAAGGGCGGAAGGUGAAUUUUUUAUUGUUGUAACAAAAUAAAACUGGUUUUCUUGAUUGAUUUUAAAGCAAA